GGGGCUGUUUGUAGGACAGACAGGCCCCACAGGCUCAGUGAGGGCUCUGCAGUGUCAUGCCCUGGAGCCCCCUGGCCGUGCUGAGCUGGGCACUGGUGCUACAGCUUCUGGUGUUGCUGUGGCCUCCAGGGCUGGGUGAGGCGUGCAGCUGCGCCCCUGCACACCCCCAGCAGCACUUCUGCCACUCAGCGCUUGUGAUCCGGGCCAAAAUCUCCAGUGAGAAGGUGGUUCCUGCCAGUGCAGACCCUGCUGACACUCAAAAAAUGAUCCGGUAUGAAAUCAAACAGAUAAAGAUGUUUAAAGGGUUUGAGAAAGUCAAAGAUGUUCAGUAUAUCUACACACCUUUUGACUCUUCUCUCUGCGGUGUGAAACUAGAAACCAAUAGCCAGAAGCAGUAUCUUUUGACUGGCCAGGUUCUCAGUGAUGGAAAAGUCUUCAUCCAUCUGUGCAACUACAUUGAACCCUGGGAGGACCUAUCCUUGGUGCAAAGGGGAAGUCUGAAUCAUCACUACCACCAGAACUGUGGCUGCCAAAUCACCACCUGCUACACAGUGCCCUGUACUAUCUCAGCCCCCAACGAGUGCCUCUGGACAGACUGGCUGUUGGAACGAAAGCUCUACGGGUACCAGGCCCAGCAUUAUGUCUGCAUGAAGCAUGUUGACAGCACAUGUACCUGGUACCGCGGCCACCUGCGCCUCAGGAAGGAGUUUGCUGAUGCCAUCCAGCCCUAGUAGGAAGCAGUGGCCACUACAUCCUUUCCAGAGUCCUGAUGAGCGAGCUAGUUCUCCUUCUCUAUGGUACUUCUGACCACCACCACCUGCUGUGUUGCUGUCAGCCAACGAGAAGUGACAAGUGAACAUCUUGGCCUGCAUCAUGGCAGCUACGGGACACGCUGUAUCUGAUGUCCAUGUCUCCAGCAUACGUGGACCAGGAAAUGUCGCACAAUUUUUCUCUCCUGCCCUCAGUUCUCUCCUGUCUCCCAAGCCAAGUUAGCCUAGUUUAUACUUAUUACUGAAAGUUUUUACUCUGGCUUAGUUUAUUUUCCAGUUGGGACUAUUUUCUUUUCUCAGGAAAAAGUAUUUUCCUUUUCUUUAACUGAUUCAAUAGGUGAGAAAUGUGAGGUGGCAUAACCUUGUGACAGCUCUAUAAUACCAGAAGGUAGGCUGACAGCACUAUAAUUGGAUUGGAUGGCAGGAAUGAAAUGAACAAUUACUAAUUACUACAGCUAUGUGUCCUCUACUCCUAUUGUAUUAACCCAUCCUAAUCCCCUGAUACUUUCAUCUGCUUGAGGGAAUAGCUAGAGAGACACAGAAUUACUCAGUGUAAGAUCAGCCUACCCUUCCUCCCUAUCCUGCAAUUCCCUUGAUACUAUUCCUGGCAGGUGUGGCCCCAUUAGCACACCUUUUUGGACAAGAGCAGACUUACUAUCUAAGAAUAGGUGUUUUCCCUCCAGGUUAAAUAUCUCUAAUGCCUUCAACUGAUGCCCACAGCGCUUCUUUUCUCUCUUAAGUUGCUAAUAUCUUCACUACCACUUCGGAACUUUGUUUUUAACCAAAGGCAGCUUCUUUUUUCCUUGUAGCAUUCUAAUCCCUAUUUUAGUAGCUUUUUGAAGCCUCAAAGAGGUGGUCUUCUGAGGCAAAUUUCCAUAGAAAACAAAAGAAAAAUAAUACAAGACUCCUUGGCAGGGAGAAUGCUAGAAGGGAAAUAUACUUUGCACUUGUUACAAUUUUUUCAACAGUCAUCACUGCUAGAGUUUAUAGUAGAAAAAAGACAUAUUUGAUCUUCCACAGAGUCCUUCAGCCCUUCAGCUCAGUUCCCUCACCACUGUGUCUUGGACUCCUUGGCAUCUCUAGCUACAAGCCUUUCUGGGCUCCUUGGCUUCUGCAAGUCUUCCUCGUUUGUCCUGAAUGGGAAAGCCUUGAUACUGGCUUCUGUGAUUUAUUAAGGACAAGAAUUUAAAAAAUCCAGAGGCUCUUCCUGAGCAAGCCCUAGGAAAGGUGAUGGAGAUAGUUCUUUUUAAGACCCAAGGUUGAUUUUCACCUUCUCUAUGUAGUCUGCUUGUGAACAGAGCCAUGUGCAAGGUGGCCCUGGAGUCACAGGAAUGCUGCAAUAGAAAUUCCUUUCAGAGGAGGGAGUGGGCAGGAAACAAACAUGAUCUCUGUCCUAGAGCACAGCCCUUGGAAGGCUUUGGCAGUGAGUAUCCAGUCAGGAUCAUCAAGUGAUCGUCCAUACCAGCCUUGGGCAGAGGACGUGGGGAAAACAGAGGAAGAAGAGAGUGUGAGCUCCAGGUUGCCCUGGCAGAAAAACAUUAGCAAUAACCUUACCAACCACCAUUCUCUGUCUCUCUCUCUCUUCCUUCUGACCUGGGAUGGACUCAGAGAAAGCAGAAGGUUUUACCCAAUCUUAACAUAACUUGGAGGUAGUCACAGAAAUGGAAAUCUGUAAAUAAUGACAGAAGUGCUUCACACUUACCAGACAUCUAUUCCUUAAAGAAGCUCAUGGAAAUUUUGUGCAUACCAUAUUAGAUAACCUACAUAUUAGCUAUGUCAGCCACCUGGCACUUAAUGGGGAAACUGACACACAGUGGGGAAGCAUGACUUGUCAAAACGACAGCUACACUCAAGAUAGUGAGACCUUCUUACUCUUGGUCCACAGGUUUGUUACUCUCUCUGAUUAAAUGGCCCUUAUUUCUGCUUUUCCAUAUUCUGUCUCCAGAAUUUGAAGACAAAGGCUGUUGGCUAAAAUCCAGCUACCUCAGCCCCACUAAGUAGUUCACCAUUUUACCCGAGUAUAAUUUUGGAGGCUGAAAUACUGAGGCCUUUGCCAAAGCCAGAUACGGCCAAGCUUAUAGUAGAGACAGCAGAGACUCAAGCAAGACCCCACACAUCUACCUACCAUCUCUUUGUGGUUGGGGUAGUAUGUCUGCUCAAUAAGUGGAAACUUUUCCCCUCCCAGUGUCUUGUAGAUGGCCACCAUCUGGGCAAACUGCAAAAAAGAAGAAAAAAGUUCAACUUACUUUCAACUCCUAAACAGAAGGAUUAAAAAAAAUUAAACAAAUAUUGAACAUUU